UGAAAGAUCUCUUCACUCUGCACAAGUUAGCGAAGAAAGUUGUCCUUGACCAUUAAAACUGAUGACGUCACAAUGGGUAGAAAGGACCUGGAUCCACACGGGCGGUUACGGGCGGUUCAGGGGCGAAUGGGUUAAUUAAUCAGAAACGGGGAAAUAUUUUGAAUGAAUAAUAAUUAUUAUUAUUGAACAAACAAUGUAUUUAUAGGAAUAGGUAGAAAUAUUUCAGUUUCAUUCCAAGCAAAUAUAUAAUGCAUUACAUUGAAGACGAUAAUAUAUGUUUUGGCCAUUGAUGCUAUGUUCACAUGGGCCAGAUGGGUUAAGUUGGUUGCUAUAUCCAUCUGAUAUCUGUACAUAUAUGACCAUUCUAUUCUUGAAUAGUCUACUCACAAGGGAUAAGUCUGUUGUUUAUGAACAUUCAGUCCACCUGGGACAGUUAAUGGCUGGCCCAUAGGGAAUCAAUUAGUUCCGACGAGACCCUCAAUGUUUCUCUGAGUAUAAUGAAAAGGGGAACAUCAAGGUUCAAGGAAUUGAUCAGACUACUACUUACAAUAUUAUUACAGUUGACUCCCGAUAACUCAAACCCUCGCUAACUUGAACCUCAAACUAACUCAAACCAAAACAAUUUCCCCUGGAUUUUCUUUAUACAUUUACUGUAGUUUUACCCUAGUACCUUGAACCCUCGAUAACUCGAUCCUCCUGCUAACUCGAAGUAAUCUUUGUUUCCCCUCAGAUCAUUUCUAUAUAAUUGUACCCUCAAUAACUUGAACCUUGUUUUGAGCGCUUAAAAGGUUGGGAAAAAACUGUGUACUAGAGUCCAAAACAUUGGAUUUUGAAGUCCCAUUGACGUGUUGUAGACAUAUACUUUAUAUAGUUUACUAGUGGAGGCUGAUGUUGUUGUCACAAAUCUAACGUGAAACAGCUUUAUUUUCAAAACAGUAAAACGCAUGCUCUAUUUAGGCUAUGUUUUGUUACGUUAUGUUCUGAUUUAUUAUCUAAAAGUAUCUUUCAAUUUUCACUUAACAUUUCUACAAUAACAUGUGAUUAAAAUGUUCACUGUACAGUAAAAACUGUUUUUUACCUUACUUUUGGCUAUUUUCUUCAAGCUCCCGAUAACUUGAACUCCCCAUGACUCGACCUUUUUUGGAUUUCCCUUGAAGGUUCGAGUUAUCGGGAGUCAACUGUAUGCACAUUUUACACCUACUGUUAGGUUAAGCUCAAGUCAUGAACAAUAUUUUUCUGUUGCAUAGACUCAAAACCUUUGCAGAGGAUAGAGGACAUCAGAUAAUGUUCACAAUUAAAGAGCCCUCUGAGGAGCAUUAUUAUGGAUACUUGUGGAAAGCUACAACAAGGAUAUUUUGUUACAAGGUGACAAUUUAUUGGUUUAUACUACUACAUGAAAAAUUACUGCAAUUUGAUUGGCUUAGAGCAGUGGUAUUUCAGCUUAAUUUGAAAUACCUACAUGUGAAAAUUACAAACCUUUUGCGGGUAGUAGUAUAAACAAAUAAUAGCAUGAUUUGUUUGUGAUAUUUGGCAUAAAUACCAGUCAUGAUAUUUCAAAAUUGUCUCAAAUUUCACCCGCCUAACGGCUCGUGAAAUUACGUAUAACAAUUUUGAAAUAUCACUCGUGGUAUUUAUGCCAAAUAUCACUACUAAUCACAGGGUUUGAGCCAGGCUGGGCCAUUGCGCCAAUCCUGCACUGCAAUUGGAAUUGUCGCUUUAAAAAACGGCCAAGGGGACAAUUUGUCCUCUUCAAAAUUAAGGGAAAAAACUCAAAAGGAGGCACACACGAAGAGAUUUAUUUCGGUACAGAAGUUGCAAGCUGAAACAGAACGUGGAAAGUAUAUUUUAUCGCACCUUUAAAGUUCAUUUCAAAGUUACGUUUCAGUCACGCUCUACUGCUAUUUUUGUCGGAAAUCUAAGACAGGGCUUCUGAUUUUUCGCGCGGUCGCGGAGCCGCGAAAUUCACAAACACGAAAAAUACCGCGAAAUUUGGUAGAAAUCUUAUCAAAUACAUGUCUGUACAACAUAUUUGAAACUUAUUUCAGCUAUAAGGGCUAUUUACUUGCCGUAAACUUGCAAAUUUAUCUUGGAACUUCGUCACUGAAACGUGCAAACAGAUUAGGUUGGGAAAAACUGGGCACUAGCCAUCAUGUUAAAGGCUUUGCCAUUGGUUCAUUUCUGGAGCGUAUUGUUGUUGAAAGAGCAAAUGAUGACCUCUGUUAGAAAAACGUUAAAAAGGCUAGUCUGAUCAGCGCAAAACCGAUCAAUUUCUAGUGAAAUUUGCCUUGAAAAUAACCACAAAAUCGGCCGUUUUUUACUGAUUGCUUUUCGGUGAAGUUUGCCCCGAAAACUCCCGCGAAAUCGGCUGAUUUUUCCGCGAAUUUGUCCCUAGAAAUCCCGCGAAAUUUGACUUUUUCGUCCGAGACCUAUCAGAAGCCCUACUAAGAAGGAAGGGUGUACAAAUUACUGUCCCCCUAAAAAUGAAAAUGUCCCCCAAAAUUUUAGCCAAGGGGACAAAUUUUCCCCCAGUGAUCAAAUCCUAGCUCAAACCCUGUAAUCAUGCUAUUACCUAUACCAAUGUAAUUUUCAAUGUUCAUGGUGAAAAGAAUGUGUAAUAGCAAAGACAGCCAUUCUGGUGAAAAGAAAUAUGGCUUAGUCCAUAUUUUGAGUUCUGUUCUCCGUAGUGGUACACCUGCAGCAAAUUAUUGGAAGAUAAACUGUAAAGAUUCCAGUCAUUUGCUAAUUCACUCUACAGACUAAAUUGACUUUCUUUCUUGGGAAACACUUGAUGAUAGACGGCACUAUGCAAAGUCAAUUUUAAUGUAUAAAAUAUUGAAUGACCACACCACCCCCGGCCUAAGGAUCUCUUUUGUUAGAAGGAAUGUAGAUCAGUUUAAUAACUAUCUAUGUAACAGUACAGGGUUAUACUGAUCAGACACUUCCUAAAUGUAAAAGAGAGUUUUUCCAAAGAAGUUUUAAAUUUAAAGGUGCCAUGCUUUGAAACCAAUUCUUGAAUGAAUAAGACUCGCUGAGUCAAUCCUUUCAUUUAAAAAACUUGUUAGAAUAUAGCUGGGUCUUGCCAAGCUGUGUAUCUUUAUAGCAGUGAUUUUAAUUCCUUGCUUUCUAUUCUUCUGUAGGUAAAUUCUUCAACUUCUAAGGUGGAAAGCCAAAGGGUUAUGGACCUAAGACAGUUCUGCAAAUUGUAUCGGGAUAUCACAAAGCAACUGAGGCACACACGCAGUCAUGAAGAUGAAGACUGGGAGAGAGUGGAUUGUAUUGGAGAGGUACUAAGAGCUGUUGGGUAUUAAGCAUACUCAACACACGUGACAGGGAUGAUCAAAUGGCGGCAAAAAUUAAAACCCCAAAAAAUCCCCAGGGUUUCAACCAAAACCCCAAAAACUCCCAUGCCAAAUUUCCAAGCUAUCAAAAUUUUCAGAGGAACUACGCAGCCGGGAUACGCGGAAACUAUCACAAAUCUUCAGAUUGUUUUGAAUACGCAAAAGUCGCUUCUUAAAUCAAGUUACCCAAAAAAUACUUGCAAGCCAAAAUUUUCUUACCCAAAAAAAUCCCGAAAGCGAAAAUUUCAAACCCAAAAAAAUUCCUCGAUUAUCCCGGUCACUUGAAAUCCAGAGUACCCCCCCCCCUGGGCACCAGUCCAUGCAGUAUAUAUCCUCAAACUUUAGAUGAGCCUGUCUGCAUUAUGUGCUUUUUUAAGUAUCGCAAAAUGUGGUUCUUCAAUUCUCUGCUCAUUGCUUGUCAAACACACUUAUUUGUCAAUGGUCACUGUUCCCUCUUGUUCCAUUCUCUGCUUGACUGUAAUAAUUCCAAAGUGUAGAAUCAAAUGUCAGCUGUUGUAUUUACAUUAUUAAUUUAUUUUUGAAUAAUUUCAGUCCUGGGAAUCAUGUCCAGUAAGACUAGAGGAAGUCAGAGAAUCUCUUUGUGUAUCAAUGAUAUUUACAAGGUACAUGUAACCCAUAUGCUGUAUAGCUAUCGAUGUUAGAGGUCAAAAUUAAAUUCAAGAUAACAUUUUUUAACCUAGGUUGAUUCUUGGCCUCAGCUAAUAACUUUUACCUUGAUCUUGAUUAUUCUGGAUAUCACAAAAACCUCAUCCAGUUAUUGUUUUUAAUUACUGUUAAAUACAGUGUUGUGAAUAAAUGAUUUAGUACAUGUAUUGGGUGUUUUUUCUUCACUUACAGUGUUAAGAGUCAUUGCUAGCAGUACAUGAGCCUAUACUGCUACUACUUGGUUCUUUUUUACUAACUAACACACUGCACAGGGCCCGAAAAAAAUUGAAUUCCAGAUUGUCCUUUGGACAAACAGCUGUCACAUUUUUCUACCUGAGGCCAUAAUUUGCUUGCUUAAGUAUGAGUUAGCGAAAUAUUUACAAAGUGACUAAUGCUUGCGCCUUUGCUAACUGGGCAAAUGAUCGAGCUCUAUAAAAGUUACUUUGGAAUGCCCAUGAAGAAAAUCUACUUGUCCUGAAAGACUAGACAGGUUUCGUUUAGCCUUGUAAUAGAGUUAAGUGUAGUUGCAAGCAGUAAAUGUGGAUUGUUUCAAUAAGUGUACUGCACCAAUUAGCACUUGUUUCCUUGUUCUGCCUGUGGCUUUUCCAUUUGGCGAUUCCUGCAAGAAGCAUAGCUCCAGUUUUUCUGUAGACUGCAAAACAGUUCGUAUUUUUGCAUAUUCAAGUACGCGCGAGCAGUCAAACAAAAGGUCUGGAACGAGGCUGAAAACAGUAAGACUUUUACACCACACUUUACCGAUUUCUUUACUGAUUUUGAGAAAAAACCCGACUGUUUUGCAGUCUACUUUUUCUGCCAAGUUCCAAGGGUUUUCAUUUAAGGGAGCUUUCACUGACAAACGUCUUCACAAGAACAGUGAUAAGCAAUGAAAUGUUUACAUACAAAAGGAAACGUUUACCUCAUAUUACGCCUUAUUAAGUAUGAUUUUUUCAUUGUUCAUUUCCUUUGCACUUUUGUUUUUUGGAAGUUUCAUUGUACUACCACUUCUGUUGGAUUUAUUUCAUGACAAGCUCAGGCACAUACUCCCACUUGUUCUAUGGGUUUUCUCCAAGCUCUCUGCUGAUGCAUUAUCUUGUGUAUCUGUUGCCUUUGGUACUAUUUUUAGCAUGGUUGCCAGAUUCUUACUGAUCAACGUAUGCCUUCACCAUAGGUGACCUUCAUAUAUUCUUCCAUUUCUUUCCCACUUUUUUUAGGGUUGAUGAAGUAGCAGCAGAAAAACCCGACACUGAUGAGUGUUGUAUAUGUAUGGAUCAAAAGGCUGAAGUCAUUUUGGCAUGUGUUCACAGCUUCUGUAAAACUUGUAUUGACAGAUGGUAAGUCAUCAAUUUUAACUCCUAUGUAAAGAAAACAUCGUCAGUGAUAUGAUUGACAUUUCUCUGAUUGUGAUUUAAGCACUUAAAGCAAAUUUAGAAUAUAUUAUUAUUAUUAUUAAUAUUAUUAUUAUUUAAUUAUUGACCUAGUUUAUAUUGUGAACUCAGUAUCAACCUACAGUGCAAUGUCUUAGUAUCUUACUGCCUUGAGCUCCUCACUAGCUUUAGUGGAAUACUGAGAAUGCCUAGUUGGUAUUGUGGGAAGUCGCACGACACCACACACUUAAUGACUGGGCACAAGGGAAAAAGUGAAUUUUGUUUCCCUGAGAUUGUCAAUAUUCCUGGAGAUAAGGCAAGGAGAAUAUUAGGGUUAAUGAGAGAAAAAUUUCUCUGUGCUUCCCCAAGGGCCACCCAUGAAGUGUUUGGUCAUACCUCCCAACUUAAAAAUGGAACAACUUGUAAUUUGAUUUUUUUGCUGUGAAUGUGAAGAGUAUUAUUUUCUGCUUGACUUAGAUGUCAUGUAUAUUUACCCCCUGUUUCAAGGCAGAGUCCAGGUCUCACACAAGUCUGCAUGUACAGUUCUGUAGACAGUUACUGGUAGAUUGUUUUGACUCACGGCAUGUGACACAUUCUUGAAUCCAACAUUCUUGAGCUGAGAGGUAUAACAAAGACAUUUUCUUCAUCCCUUGUCAUGACUAUAAUAAAUUUAUUGUUACAUCUUGAUUUAGUGGUAAAGAAAAUGGUGACAACAGUAUCAGUGAGUCCAACUGAUCAAUUAAAAAUAAAUCAGUAAAAAUACAUGGUUAUAAAAUUAAUAUAGGGUUUUGUUCUGGAAAUAGAUGUGAAGUAUAGUCUGUGUGUGCUGGGGCUGGAUAGCUAUUAAAAAUAUUUAUCAUAAUUUGCUUAACCUGCUCCUUUUUACUUAUAAAAAGAAAAUUUUUGCAGCCCUGCCCCACCCCUACCCUCACUUCCUUAUUUAACUACAACUGUACUUUCAAUAUACCGGUAUGCUGAUUUCCCUUUACAGGAGUGAUGUUAGUAACACUUGUCCCAUUUGCCGAGAUGAAAUUCAUGGAAAUAAAGAUUUUUGGGAAGUGCCAGAAACUCCCAGCAAGACAGAGAUAGGAAACUUUGUUCUGGGAUUGGCUGAAGGGGCUGGUGCUCCAACUUGA